UAAAUUUAAUUAUUCAAGUAUGUCAGGGCUUCGUUAUAAAGACAAGAUAACUUUGGUGACAGGAGGAUCUAGAGGAAUUGGCAAAGGAUGUGUGGAGGUCUUCGUUGAAAAUGGUGCACAGGUUGCUUUCUGUUCAAAUGAUGAUGAAGAAGGUAAACAUACAGAAAGAGAUUUGAAUUCUAGGGGACCAGGAGAGUCAUGGUUCAUAUAUGGUGACGUCACGAAAGAACCUGACAUCAAGAACAUUGUUGAGAAGACAAUUGAAAAGUAUGGUAGACUAGACUGUUUAAUCAAUAAUGUUGGAACACAUCCUCCACCACACCCUAUUGAUGAGUUUUCGGCAGAAGAUUUUAGAAAACUUAUUGACCUGAAUGUUGUUAGCUACUUCCUAUUUUCUAAGUAUUCGCUCCCUCAUUUACGAAAAACUGCAGGAAGUAUAAUAAACAUAAGUAGUUUGGUUGGUAACAUUGGCCAGGGUCAAGCAGUCACAUAUUGUGCAACUAAGGGAGCAAUCACUUCGAUGACAAAGGCUCUAGCAAUUGAUGAAGCAAAGUAUAAUGUUCGAGUAAACAGUAUAUCCCCUUCCAAUAUAUGGACUCCAUUGUUUGAUAGUUAUUUGAAAACCUGCCCAGAAUCCGAGGAAGUAAAGAAAGGUUUUGAGAAUAAUCAGUUAUUGGGACGAUUUGGUACAAUACAGGAAGUUGGACACGCAUGUUUAUUUUUAGCUGCUGACGCAACAUUCUGCACAGGAAUCGAAAUUAAUUUGAGUGCUGGUGCUGAAUUAAACUAUGCAAACAAAAAUAUGAGACCGACGACAUCAUGAAACCGUUCCUUAUUUAUAUAGUGUGCUGUAUACUCAUAAAAAAAUUAUGCAAUAUGUUUUCUGAAAGGAUAGUAGUACAUAUAUAUGAGAAGCUUACUUUUAAAACAUAUUGAAUAUGAGUUUAUAAUAGGAAUAUAUCUGCUUAUGAUUCAAACAUUCAUAUCUACAUUUGUAUUUUAAAAAAAAGAUGAAUAAAGUAUGGCAUCACAUAAGAAAAGGACAACCAACGGAAAAUGCUAAAAUGAUCGAUCAUGGGGAGGCUUGUAACACAUUUUUACUCAUAAUAACUUUUCAACACAAUAAUGAAAAUAACAUUAUAUACAUUUGGUGUAUCUGAAGCGCUUUUCUGUAUUUACUUUCGUCAGGGAACGCUUGAAUCCAAAAUAUUGAAAGCAGGGAUGUAUAAAUACUUUACGAGCAACAUGACCAAAAAGGACCUUGAAACAAAAGUCAAAACAGUCUAUGGAUAACUUUGGCAGAGGGAGUUGGAACCUUCAUUAUUGCCACCUAUUUUAAGUUCAAAAUUCUAAGAUUUGUCCAUCUGUUGUGCAGUAAGAAAUAUUAAUGCAAGGGAGUUUAUUAUACAGGAUAUCUCUCUAGAGAUUUGUACAAAUUUAAAUGUAUGGUAUUAAUUGGCAAAAUUUCUUAUUAUUCGUCCAUCUAGACAUUAAUUUGUUUUUUUUUUUUUUCGUUCAGAUGAGAACUUAUAUGAAAUUGAAGCAAACAGAAGGGUGAUUUUUAAACAUUUGGGUUCCUGAUGAAGGUAAAUCCAGAAAAGAGCUUUGGACGAAUGAAAUUUAUAAAAUGUUGUUUUCAGUUUUUGGCAUUUAGAAGUUAUUUGCAAGAAUUUAUGGUACUAAAAAAAUGGAAAACAGUGGUUUUCUUUCGUUCAUUCCUUAGCAUGCAUCAUUGAAUGAAUGGUACUUUUGAUAAUUUUUUUAAGCUGAAUCGAUUUGAUAUUCUUAAAGAAUGAGAACUCAUUGUCUGGCGUAACAAAUUAUAAGCCUGGUAUGUUUGAUGAGUUUUUUUUUAAAUCUGGAUCGAAACAACUACUGGUCUUCUCAGGUGUCACAAGCCCUGUAGUCCACACUUUAUGUUGACAUGAUAUGUCAUUGAUAUGGUCAUUUUAUGUAAUUUUUCUGUUUAUAAAAUGCUGUAUUAUUAGGUAAACAUAUGACGACGGAUAUGCUCCAUUUGUCGUAAACACAAUCCGUCCUCUUACUUCGAAUGUGACAUCAGCAAAUGAGACAUGUUGCCGAACUUUUUCUUACAUUAGCAACACGACAGGUGCAACAUGUGAAACAUGAUCUGAUUAGCCUUCCGUAGCACCUGGGAUCACUCAGUCUUUAGUUUUCUAUGUUGAUUUUUGUAUACUGUAGUUUGUCUUUUGUUCGUAUUUCGUUUUUUGCCAUGACGUUAUCAGUUUGACUUUAACUUUAACACUCAAAGUGUCUGUGCUCGUUUAGAAACGUUUGAAUACUGCAUAUUCUAUGUACUAUGAGAGACAAUCGGAAGAUACCAAAGAGUUGGAAUAUUCUUUUGGUAUCUUCCGAUUGUCUCUUAUAGUAAAGAGAAUAUACAGUAUUUAAACGUUUCUAAACGGGCACUGACACUUUGUAAAGGAAAAGAACGAUAACUCCUAUCAAACGUUCUGUUCGUCAAUAUCUCUGCCCUUAGACGUGGUGCAAGGGCCAAAAUUUCUUCCAAUAGAAGGUUUUCAAAGCUCUUUUUUGCCACAAAGCCGUCAUGGUUGAUAUUUUACAUGAUACGUAUUAUGUGUACUAGUAUAUACUUAUAGUUUCCUGCCAAAAGUAUGUUUAAAAUAUAACUAUAUGUAAUAAACAUGUACAAAUGUAUACAUAUAGAGAAAUUUUACCUGGAAUACGUUUCAUGGACUGUAUGAGGGGACCACUAUGAAAAAUUUGAAUAUGUAAACGAAGGAAAUGUCUUCAUUAACAAAACAAAUUAAGCAUAAUUUUUUAUGAAAGUGUGAAACAAAUGCAAACAUUUUGGAGUUUUUUUCUGGUAAGGGGACGACCAUUUGAUAUUCUGGGGGGGCAGGAGGAUUUUGAAAAUAAAUAACUCAGCCUUGAUAAUCACAAAAAUAAAUGGUUUGUUCUGUGGUAGUUUGAAAAUAAAUGACCUGACUUGCAAUGUAUUGAAAAUAAAUAACUCAGCAGGUCUAAUCGAAAGUAUGAGAUGGCACCAGAUUCUCAGUCAUAAAUUAAUCUUUUUUCCAAAAAAAAAAUCGGGAAACACUUCCCAUAUCUUUUAAUAAUAAAAGUAUAAAUAUUAUUUAAAUAUACUUGAAAUGUCAGAAAAUUGGUUUCAUUUAACUUGAGGUUAAUUGUCUCAGGAACACUUACCUCACUUUUAUUAAAUCAGGGCCGUAACUACAUUGAGACAAAUGCCUCAUGUAGGAAAUUUCAAAACCAAACGCUUGUCUCCAUAUCAAAUUGUGUUCACCGUGAGUGCCUUGCAAGAAGCAAGUUCUGUUCUCCCUCAGACGUAGCCCCUGAUUUUUCGGGAUCAAUAUUUCUUAUUUAUUUGUCUUUUGUUCAUUGAUUGCCCUUCUGUAUUCUGUUAGUGUUGCAUUCAUUUUGUAAUUUAGUAAUUUUAUUAUUAACUUGA